CUGAACCUAGGUGAUCGACGGCUCUCUUACGAGAACGAGGAACGAAACGAAUUCGCUCAAGCGAUACUGGAUAGCUUGGAUUGUUUGGAAACAAGUCGCCUCUAUUUCUUAGGGCACUCUCGAGGCGGAGAGAACGCUUUACAGUUGGCUACGUCACCCUUGAACAUUAGGAAAGUCCGCGGAUUAGUGAUGCUCAACUCGGCGGGUCUUCGAAUACAUCGUGGUAUUGAGCCAUUGUGGAAGAUCGGCAUCACUCUGCGACUGUUAGAUCUUCGCGUGCUGAACUUCGUUCUUCACCCAUUCCUGUACGUUGUCUACAACUAUAUUCUCGGACUUCGAGUGCCAUCGGGGUCAGCUGCCGAGACAUCAUUACGUUCAAUGCAAACCUUCGCUUUUGGUCAUGUUUUACCGUGCCUCGACGUCAUCAAUCAAAAUAAUCAGGUAAUUUCUGAGAGGUAA